GCAGGAGCAAGUGUCAGGUUUCAUCAGUUAGCAUCAAGCUAAGCUAACGCUCCAUCGUCAUCAGCUGCGGAGAUUUUGGUCAAACUGACCCGAGCCCGCUUCAGUCCGGCGGCCUCUAGUGGACCCGCAGCCCGGUGUCUGAGCGCAGUGUGCCCCGGGUCGGUAUCAGAGCCGUUUGAACUUCCUGGACAAGUGUCAUGGCGGAGGGAGCGGAGUACGGCUCAGUCACCGCCGGGAAGAGGAGACCAGCAGCGGGGAGGAAGAGCCGACAGAGCCGGCAGAAGAGCUGCUGCAGCCGGGUGAGUCUGGAGAAAGUCCUAGGAAUCAGCACGGCCAGCAGCAGCGGUCUGACCUCUGACCCCACCUCGGGGCUCAUCGCCUAUACUGCAGGGUGUGUGAUCGUGCUGCUUCACCCAAAGAAGAACAAACAGAGUCACAUCCUCAACACGUCCAGGAAACCCUUCAGUGCUGUGGCCUUCUCUCAUGAUGGGAAACACCUGGUCACUGGGGAGAGCGGUCACAUGCCCUGUGUCAGGGUGUGGGAGGUGGGCGGAGCUCCGGUGGCCGAGGUUCAGUGUCAUAAAUAUGGAGUUUCCUGCGUCGCCUUCUCCACCAACAGCUGUUACAUCGUCUCGGUGGGAUAUCAACACGACAUGACUGUUAGUGUGUGGGACUGGAGGAAAGGUUCCAUCAUCGCCUCUAACAAAGUGUCCAGCAGAGUGUCCGCCGUGUCCUUCUCACAGGACAACAGCUACUUCGUCACUGCAGGAACCAGACACGUCAAGUUCUGGUACCUGGAUGCCUCCAAAGAACGACGGGUGAACAGCACGGUGCCUCUGAUUGGUCGUUCAGGGUUGCUGGGUGACCAUAAGAACUGUGUGUUCAGCGGGGUGGCGUGUGGGCGUGGCCUCAUGGCGUCCAGCACCUACUGCAUCACCAGCUCCGGGCUGCUGUGUUUGUUCAACAGCAGCCGACAGCUGGAGGCCUGGGUCAACCUCAAGACGGAGUCUGCGAGUUGUCUGUCCGUCAGUGAGGACCAUGUCUUCUGUGGCUGCGCUGACGGUGUGAUCAGAGUGUUCGACCUGCUGCACCUGCAGUACGUCACCAAGCUGCAGCGCCCCCACAGACUGGGAGUGGACAUUAGUCGACAGCACAGCAGCCUGUUUCCUGUCGGUCCAGAUGAUCACUUCCCUGACACCUUGGCUUUGACCUUUGACCCUGCUGCCAAACACCUGACCUGCGUGUACGACGACCACAGUGUGUAUGUGUGGGACGUCAAAGACGUGAGGAGCGUGGGGAAGCUGUACUCCGCCUUGUACCACAGCAGCUGUGUGUGGAGCGUCGAGGUGUAUCCUCAGCUGUCAGACGUGUCCCAGGCGUGUCUGCCGCCCUCCUCCUUCCUCACCUGCUCAUCUGACAACACAAUCAGAGUGUGGCACGCCGACCCACCCACUGCCGCCACAGCACACAAGAACCUGUACAGCAACGACCUGUCAAGGAUUGUGUACGUUGGCGAGAAUACGCAGCACCUGCAGGCGGAGGGGAAGAAGGCAGAGGCAGCAGGGGCUGAUGGGAAGUCUGGGAUCAGAGUACUGGGAAUCAGUCCGGACGGUCGACACCUGGCUGCUGGAGACCGCUGUGGAAAUCUCCGUAUCUUCGCUCUAGAGUUUCUGGACGAGCUGGUGAAGAUCGAGGCUCAUGACUCUGAGGUUCUGUGUCUGGAGUUCUCACCGACUUCCACAGGUUUGAAGCUGUUGGCGUCAGCCAGCCGGGACCGACUGAUCCACAUCUUCAACCUGGAGAAGAACUUCAAUCUGGAACAGACUCUGAACGACCAUUCAGCCUCCAUCACUGCCGUCAAGUUCACAGGUGAGAGUCCAGAGGUUCAGAUCGUGAGCUGUGGAGCCGACAAAAGCAUCUACUUCCAGACGGCUGAACAGACGGCGGAGGGUCUGUCAUUCUCCAGGAGUCAUCACGUGGUGGAGAAGACGACGCUGUACGACAUGGACCUGGACUCCUCCAAGAAGCACGUGGUCAUCGCCUGUCAGGACCGAAACGUCAGAGUUUACGACGUGGAAACUGGGAAGUUGAAGAGGUGUUUGAAAGGCUCGUCCAGCGAUGAAGGAUCUCUGCUGAAGGUUCAGAUGGACCCGUCCGGGAGCUUCUUCGCCACCAGCUGCUCAGAUAAAAAUAUCACCAUCUUUGACUACGAGUCAGGAGAGUGUGUUGCCACCCUGUUUGGACAUGCAGAGAUCGUCACUUGUAUGAGGUUCAGUCACGACUGUCGACACCUCAUCACUGUGUCAGGAGACAGUUGUGUGUUUGUGUGGCGACUGGACGCUCAGAUGACCUCCACCAUGAGGAAGAGGCGGGGCCUCAGACUGAAAGUUGCACCGGACGCCCGCCACCACAAGCCUCUGAACAUCCGGAGGGAGACGUUCAUCACGGUUCCCUCGUCUCAGCAGCGUCAGGCGGAGGAAGAGGAGGAUGAGGAGGAGGAGGAGUCUGACCUCAGGACUCCUACCAGACUGGACUUUGCUCAGGAUGUUCCGCAGCUUCAGACCAAUGGAAAACUGCCCCUGUGGUUCAGAAAGGUGCAGGGUCAGGGCGGAGCCUCCACGGCCGACCAACCAGAUGCUGGGCCUCGUCAGUGUCGCAGUCGCUGGACAGAACAGCUGAAUCCUCUGACUAUCUGCUCCAACUGCUCCCCCAGCCCCCCCAAGAGUCCAGGGGAGGAGGACGAGGAGGUGGAGGAGGAUGAGGACGAAGAAGAAGACGAAGACUUCCACCCUCAGAGUCUGGAGAGUCUGCUGGGAGAAAACCAAGAGGAAGGAGAUGGAAAGGAGGAGGAGGACGAAGACUUUCACCCUCAGAGUGUGGAGAGAUUGAUGAAAGAUGGAGAGAAGGAGGUGCUGCAGCCUGCAGGUGAGAACAGGAGCAGCUAUGUCCUCCACCCCAGCAGCAGCGCCCCCAACAGGAAGUUUGACGUUGAAGACGUCCCUGACCCACAGAGAUCUUUGACCCAGCUGGAGGUCAGAGGUCAGGGGGCGGAGCCAGUGUGGUGCACUCAGCUGAGCCCUGACUCCGCCUGCUUUGAGGGCUCUGCAGGAAGCUCGGAGCAGCCUCUUGAUGCCGACACAGACUCUCUGAGUCAGGGCAGCUCUGUGGGCAGUUUGGGUCCAGAGGACGAUGAGGACAGAAACCUGCUGAAGAACCAUUUUGAUACGCUGGCGUCGAGUCUGAGCGAAGAGAAGUUCGACACUGACCUCAGGACUCUGCAGCCUCCGGAGGAAAAACACUUCCUGAACCCUCGACUCAGCAUCUCCGCCCGCUUCCUGUCCCGCUUCCAGGACAGACUCAGGGUGUGGCCGAGUCGAGCUCCGCCUCCCGUCUCCAUCCCGACCAGGAUCUCAGAGGAGAGCGUCAUCAACACAUCGGAGAACGUGGAGUCGAGCAGCAACGCCGGGUCCAACGAGUCGACUCUCAGAGAGAGCUGCAGCGACGUGACCUCCACCAACAGCAUGGUGUCUGCGGUGCAGCAGCGGGUGUCCCGGCUUGGAUACCUGGGAACCACCGCCAGCUCCAGGUCCAAAGUGAGCCAGGACCCCCCCACCUCCAACUCCCCCUCCGCCCAGGAGGAGGAGAAGGAAAACCUUUGGUCCUCCUCAGACUCUCAUCCUGGUCCUGAUCCCCCCGAGGACCAGACCAGCAGUGUCGCUCUGUCCUCCCAGAAGCCCCGGCUUCAUCUACCUGCAGAGACCAGCCCUCAGGUGUGGACCACACCCACUGAGGGGCCGUCAGAGGGCGGAGCCAGCAGGUGGAGCGCCAGCAGCAUUGACAAAACGCCGACAAAUCAAAACCAAAUGAUAAUCCCAAGCCCCGCCCCCUGCAUCACAUCCACGUGCUCCCUCUCUGGGGAGAGGGCCGGUCCAGAAUCAGACGAAACCCUUGGUGAUGAUUCCUCCUGUGGCCCCCCCAGCUCUGCCUCCUGUCCACUUUCAGACAGACCCUGCCCCCCCCUCUCAGGUGCUGUUGAGGCGGUGACGCUGCAGCAGUGUCAGCAAGUCGCCAACGAGCUGCGACACACGACCAGACGAGCCGUGCGCCUCCACCAGCAGCUCGGUGAGUCGCUCGGCUUUGUGGAGCAGCAGCUACAGAUGUCAUCUGUCCUGCAGGAGGCGUUUGAAUCCGUUCACUCUGAGCUGCAGGUGGUCUUGCAGGGAGAGGGGCAGGGCAGCAGCACGCCCUCUGGUGGACUGGAGGGUGCAGGGACGUUGUCUCUGCUGGAGAAAUACUCUGAGCUGCUGCUGCAGAUGACGCAGAACAAACUGAACCGGAUCUGAUCAUCAGGACACUUCAAUCUUAUUAAUAUCUUUAUCGUCAGAACUGUAACAUGUUUUGACUUUGUGGAUUCAUAACUUCAAACAUUAAAAGUUGUUUUUUUUGUGUGUUUUUCCCGGAGUCACGAUAGGAUGUGUGAGAGCGAUACGGAGGCUGAAGGAAACUUCAGCCUGACGGAGUCGCUAAUCAAUAACAUUUCAUAUAUAUGUAAAGUUUUUACGAUCAGUAUUAAAUCAAGCAUGUUGUGUUGUUUUUAAAUCACGUCACUUUUUGUAAAUAAACCUGUUUUACAUGUUU